AUGAUGUAUGAAGACGUCAACAGCGCGCAGAAGCUCGUUGUCUUAACAUGGACUCUCCUCGCCAUCACAACCGUCAUUACAUCUGCCAGAGUAUACACUCGCUUGGUGCUUAUCAAGGCGUUCGGUUGGGACGAUGGAUUCAUGGUUCUCGCCCUGGCAUGUUCUGCGGUCAACUCGGCCUUGAUCACUACCAGUAUCUCGCAUGGCACUGGGCGCCAUCAGGUAUUCCUUAGCGAGGCACAGAGAACUCAGGCGGAUAAAUAUAACUGGAUUUCCCAGUCCUUCCAUGUUAUGUCCACGAAUUGGGCAAAAGUCUCCAUCAUGUUUUUGCUUCUACGUCUUAUUCAAAAGGCGAAGUCCCAGGCGCCUUAUAUCUACGGCGGUAUGGUCCUACUUACACUUAGCAAUGUCAUGUGUGUGUAUACGAUCUUUGGCCAAUGCACGCCUGUACAGUCGCUCUGGGACCACAGCAUCCCAGGGAAGUGCUGGAACCCCAGCGUGCAGAGGGACUAUGCAUUCUUUCAAGGAGCUAUCUCGGCAUUCUCUGACCUCGUCCUCGCCGUUUAUCCAGUACAUUUAGUUUUAACGCUUCACAUCCCCGUGCGAUUGAAGCUUGCUCUUGGGUCAAUCCUUGCCCUCGGUUUGAUUGCAAUGGGCGCCGCCAUCGUCAAAACAAUAUUUCUUUCCCGUCUCUCUGCCCGCGCAGACUAUUCCUGGAAUACCAUUGACCUGGUCGUCUGGGCAUGUAUUGAACAGUAUCUAAUCAUUAUCGCCGCAUGCAUCCCUACCCUCGGGCCACUGGUUAAAAUCAUUCUCAACGAGACCCUGUCUUCUGCUCCAAGAUCAACACAAGCUUCAUCGAAGCGAUGGCGCCAUACCCUACGUCGAAAACCACGCCCAGGAUACGACAUCACUCUACCGAGCGUGGGUAUGGAUACCCUGGCGGCGGCAGAGGCCGCAGGAGUGUACGGAGACCAGUCAAAGUUAGAGACGGGGACUUUUUCAACCCCGAUAGGUAAUAAAUUGGACAGUGAUGCUGCGAGUCAUGACCCUAUAAUACGCAAGGAGGAGAGUUGA